AUGUUCCACCAGCUGACGUGUUGCAUUCAGUUGUUAUUGGGAAAAAAUACAGAGCUGGUUGAUGCCAUUCUUAGAACCAUACGACAGGUUUCACCACUGAGAGGCAGAACGAUGGCAGAACCCAGCAAACAGGACAUCUCUACUAUUUUCAAGCGACUUCGCUCCAUUCCGACAAAUAAGGCUUGCUUUGACUGUGCGGCUAAAAACCCGAGCUGGGCCAGCAUCACCUACGGUGUGUUCCUCUGUAUAGACUGCUCGGGGACUCACAGGUCGCUGGGUGUGCACCUGUCCUUUAUAAGGUCCACUGAGCUGGAUUUUAAUUGGUCAUGGUUCCAGCUAAGAUGUAUGCAAGUGGGAGGCAAUGCCAGUGCGACUGCAUUUUUCAGUCAACAUGGGUGCUCAACCAAUGCUGCCAAUGCCAAGUAUAAUAGCCGAGCCGCCCAGCUUUACCGGGAGAAGAUAAAGACUUCAGCCACACAAGCUACCAGGCGCCACGGCACUGAGCUCUGGCUUGACAGUCAGGCUCCUCUCUCUCCAACAUCCCCAGAUGACAAACAGGUGGAUUUCUUCAGUCUUCAUACACAGCCAGAAAAUUUGAAUAUGGCCAAAAUGAGUCUAAGCUCCUCCACUUCUGAGAUGUCCAUGAAUCUGGAAAAGGAUGAAGAUCGAAAUGGAAAUUUAGAGGAUGGUCCCAGUGUGGAAAUGCUGAGUGUUUCUCCAAAAGCAAACCCAGAGCCUUCCUCUAUUCUCAAAAAGAAACCAGCAGGUGCCAAGAAAACGUUGGCUUCAAAGAAGGGCGGACUGGGCGCUCAUAAAGUCAGCAGCCAGAGCUUCUCAGAGCUGGAAAAGAAGGCUCAGGCUGCUGACAAAGUCAGAGAGAAAGAAGAAAGCUCCACGCCUGCCAAGAAGAACACUACAUCAGAGGAGUCCAUCACCCCAUCCAUGCGACUGGCCUACAAAGAAGAUCUUGAGCAGCAAAGGAAAAUUGGGGAUCAGAAGUUGAAGGGGUUAGAGGGGAAGAAAAAGGAGCAAGCGGAGAGACUGGGCAUGGGUCUGGGCAUCAGGAGUAGUGGCGUUUCUCACUCUGUCACAUCGGACAUGCACAUCAUCCAGCAGGAGAGCCCGCUGGGAGCCAAAACCACCAAAGCUCGGAGAUUCACUGGUGAAGAUGAGGAGGAGGGCUCCUUCAGCUCAAGGGUUUUGUCACGAUUUGAGGCUCAAACGGACCCCUCAGAUAGUUUCUCUAUGCGGUGGGACGAUGGGGGCAAUGGAGGAGGCUGGAUGAAAGAGAGCAAGAAACCAGAGCCAGACUUCUAUCUGUCCUCCACCAUAACAUCACAUGAUGAGAGGCCCGUAGCCCGGAGGAAAGCAGAACCAUUACCGGUCACAGAUUCAGGAGAAGCUCGGAAAAAGUUUGGGGACAAUGUGAAAGCCAUCUCGUCUGAUAUGUACUUUGGAAAACAGGAUAACUCUGAGUAUGAGGUCAAAACACGACUGGAGAGAUUCGCGGGGAACGCGUCGAUCAGUUCAGCAGAGCUUUUUGAUGAGCCGAAGAGACAGGCUGGGAGCUCAUACAGUUUGAGCAACGUGCUGCCCAGCGCCCCGGACAUGUCGCAGCUCAAACUGGGCGUGCGCUCGGUCGCAGGGAAGCUGUCGGUCAUGGCAAGCGGUGUUGUUAACACAAUUCAGGAUCAUUACAAUUCCUGAGUCACAGUGUUGACACAGAGGACAUUUCCAGUGAGUUAUGAGUUCUCAUUUAAGCAGACAAGAGACAGACCAUUUAUUGUUAAGAGCUAGUCUGCAGAUUUACAUCAAAAAACCCUCCGAAUAUCUCUUUUAAGGAGUAGGCGACAUUUGUCUGUAUAUAUGCAGAGGAAUUAUAGGAAAACUGUAUAAAUAUAUAUUUUCAGUAGAAUGUGUUUUUCUUCUUUUUGACCUUGAAGGGAGAUUUCAUUGUGUAGUGCAGACUUGAAGGGGAUUUGGUUGCAUCAGUUGUUUUGAGUUUUGAGGAUUUAGAUAUUUCCUGAUAUUACCUGUAGCAUUCCAUUUUGUGCUGUUAUGAAGGAAGGGGUUCCUUGUGAUGGCCUUUUUUAGGUGUGCAAACCUGAGAUGAGGAGACAAUCCAGGAUGAGACACUCAUCGUUUCAGGCUUUUUGUCAUGCACAUUCACGCACGUUUUAAAGUGUCCUUUCCGUCCCCAAAGUGCACUUAAGAUUUGCUCCAUACAGAUGGGACAAAAAGCUGAAAUAGAGGCCUUCAGGGGACCAGAUAUAUUUUUCUGAAUUGAGAGCAUCUGUUAUAUAAAUUGGUUAUUGCUGGGUUCAUCAUGCUUUAGAUAGCAGCAUGUUGUUUUUGUUUCCCUAUAAAGGAUUACACAAAGAUGACAUUCUGAAGUAGCAGUUGAAUGUUAAUUAUAAAGAAGUGGAAGAAGGGUGUCCACAACAACAACCUUCUCAUCUGGGCCUUAAGACGCGCAGAAGGGUUCAGAAGGGUUCUGUUUGCUGUUGAGGAAUGAGAAUUUGAAGUAAUUUAAGAGUCAUUGCUUUGUUUACACGUUCAUAUUGUUUAGGAUCCUUUUAGCUCUUAGGCUUAUUUGUAACUUUAACCUUGCUCAAACUCUGUUCACUCAGUCCAACAGCAUCAUUUUCAAUGAGCAGGAAUCUGAGCAGAGGGAGUGUUUGGAGUUCAGUUAUCCCCUCAGGUGAAUGGAUCUGUAACGUCUUUGUUACUUCUACGAAUUGUUUAUUUCUGGAGAGAUGUCAGUUUUCUGUCUCACUUGCCCUUUCCAUCACAUUUAACAAUUUGAUCAAAUUGUAGCCAAUGGGGGAACAAUGGCGGCAGUAAGAAAGUGUUUGCAUCCCUUGCACUCAAAACAGAGUCCUGUCCAUUUUAGCCGCACUGUUAAAUGAAAACAUGAAAAAGAUGAAGAUGGUGUCUUUUCACUAAACUUCCUUAAGUGAACUUCACCUCCGUGGCCCUGUGUGAUACAGGUCUGUUAAACCUGUAGAGUUUUUUUCAGUUCGUUUAAAAGCAGACACUAUUAUCAACCAUGUUAUACAUAGAUAGACCAAACAAAAUGUGGUGCCUUCUUGAUUUGAAUAUUGGUAGAUCUUUAUUUGAAAGUCUGCUUGACACUAUUUGAAUAUUAUUUCAUAAUUGCUGGUUGCUUUAAAUCUUUAUUUCCACUCAUACAAAUGUCAGCUGUUGAGAGGCUGAGCCACAGUUAAUACUCCUUAAAAAGAAGGUGAUAUAGAGAAGCAUUUUGAUAUUGGUGUGAUGUGGCAAUCAAUUUGCUUGGCUUUUCUGCACAUUUCUGCUAUCGUAAUGAUGAUUCUACAGGUCAUGCAUCAAAUUGUGCACAUUUAGUGGACCACUUUACUCUUCAAAAGAUCAUGGUAUUACUAAGUAACACUUACAAGGAGUUACUGUUUUCUUUUUCUUUUUUUUGUUUAUUUCUCAUAACACAACAAAAGUCAAAUAAGACCAGAGACAAAACAAUUUGUUUGCUCUCAUUAGUUUAUGUCUUCGUCCAAAUAUCUUUAGCACAGUUAAGCUGUAAUAUUGUGGAGACAGCUUCUUACAUUUGAAUAAAACUGGCCAAAACCUUACAAGUGGAAGCCUUUGCUUCGAUUUUCAUUCAUUUUUGCCUCUAGGCUACCAGUCUGUCCAUGUUCAGUUUGCCUUGUUAACCUGGAUUGAUCGUGUUUCCUGCUGUUGGAUAUUGUUAAAUGUUAAAUGAAAACAUAAGUUUGUGUCAUGUGCUUGGCUGUUGCUAGUUGUAGAACAUGCUGACAGAUCCUAAAUAUAAUAUGAAAUAAUGCAUUUGUUCAAUAGCUGCAAAGUGGGCUAUGAAGUGCUUCAUACAGUGUUGUAUUAGGCUUUGAAAUGUCAUUUAUAGAAAGCUACUGAUAAUCGAAUUUUGACAUUUUUUCAAAAUGUAUGUUUGAAUUUUUCAACUAUGCCAAAUAAAUGGCUUGUACCAAA